CUCUCAUUGUGUUUCGGAAAUUGCGUAAUUAUAUUACAGUUGCCGGCGGUCACAGGAUGCGGCUUCAGUUGCGCCCGUUUAGUUCGAUUCUUCUCCACCCAUUCUUUUCGUUUGUUUAUUUUUAAUUCAUUUAACUCGUGCCCGUUUUGUUCUCUUUUUUUUUUCUUUGUUCUCCACUUGUAGUAGUAGUAGUAGUUGUGGUAUAUUUUGUUUCGUUUGCGAACAAUGCAGAAUGGAUCACGACUCUCUGAUGGUAUUGCUGCAUUGAAUUGAUCGUACGAAUCGCGGUGAAACGUAUCUAUCGGAAAACAGAUUUUUUCUCUCUCUGUUGUUGUUGAACGCAAGCUAAGGUGAUUUGAUUGUGCGCAGUCCAAACAAUGGGUUGUCACUGUGGGUUGCCGUUUUGUGGGAGGGCGAAUCGAGGCUUACCUGUGCGCCGCAGGUAGAACAACUAUUGUGAUGAUCGUGCUUUGCCGGUCGUCGGACGGUGGAUAUCAUUGCCGUUGCCGUUGUUUGCUGGUGCUCUUCUUGCGGUCGUUGUUUGUUGUUAGUUGAAGAGCCGCGUGACUCACUGCGCCCUUUUUCAAAAGUUUCUUUUUUUUUUGUUUGGUUUUGUGCGUGUGCGUCCGGGAAAAAGUUUUGUUUCUGUAUAUGCCCAUCCGGGGCUGCUGUGAUGAGUUUUGGUGAUUCCUGUGAACCAUGUGCGAUACGGUGAAAUUGACGGACUUCGAUGAUGGAUUGCCAAAAAAGACAUUCAUCAGGGGUUCGGAUCCGAGGGUGGCAACAUGCAGGGGCAAGUUGCAAAACCGCCGCUCAAAGUUGAACCAAGAGAUCAACAAGGAACUGAGGCUACGGGCGGGGGCGGAGAACCUCUUCAAAGCGACGACGAACCGGAAGCUGCGAGAGACCGUGGCCCUCGAGCUGAGCUUCGUAAACUCCAAUUUGCAAUUACUAAAAGAACAAUUGGCCGAACUGAAUUCCUCUGUUGAGAUUUACCAAAGCGACAGCACUGAUGCGAUUAUGCCAAUGAUACCUUUGGGUCUGAAGGAAACGAAGGAGAUUGAUUUUCAAGACCCAUUCAAGGACUUCAUUUUGGAGCACUACAGCGAAGAUGCGAACCAGUAUGAGGAUGCCAUAGCCGAUUUCAUGGACACGAGACAGGCCAUGCGAACGCCUCUCAGAGAUUCAUCGGGUAUCGCGCUCCUCUUUCGCUAUUACAAUCAACUGUACUUUGUGGAAAGGCGAUUCUUUCCGCCGGACCGAUCUCUGGGCAUCUAUUUCGAAUGGUUCGAUUCGCUUACCGGUGUGCCAUCGUGUCAGAGGACUGUAGCUUUCGAGAAAGCUUGCGUAUUAUUUAACAUGGGAGCGGUGUAUACACAGAUCGGUGCUAAACAGGAUAGGAGCACGUCGAAGGGCCUCGACGCGGCCGUCGACAGUUUCUUGAGGGCCGCUGGGACCUUCAGGUACAUCCACGAGAACUUUACGAAUGCACCUUCAAUGGAUCUAGGACCUGAGAUGCUCGAAAUGCUCAUACAGUUGAUGCUGGCUCAAGCGAGGGAAUGUCUAUUGGAAAAACUCGAUCUGCAAUCGCAGGAGAACCGGCCCAUAGACAUUUGCUUCGAUCUAGCGCAAGAAGCUGCUCAAUUAUCCGAGUGUUAUGGUCAUGUGUUCGAGCUGAUCUCGCAGCAGACCGUCAAAGAUUACGUGCCGUACAGUUGGUCCGCUUUGGUGCAGGUGAAGCGCGAAUACCAUAUGGGCAUGGCACAUUACCAUGCGGCCACCGGAGUCCUGCACAAGGACGCACCGAAUAUGUCGCCCGCCACUAAAGACACUUUGCAAUUCCUGCACGUGGAAUGCGCCUCGACGCAACUCGACAUUCGCGUUCCCAAAGAUGAGACUGAAAGAAAGCUUCUAGGUAGGGCACAUCUACGGGAAGCGUUGGUGCUGCACGAGGAAGGCCAAAGGUUGCACAGGAUGUGCAGAGAACUGAAGGGAAAGCUGGCGCUCAUCUCCGUUCUGCGGAUAGCUCACAGAUCAUCCCUUCAAGUCUAUACAGCACAGGACGCCGAAGACGAUUUCCGGGAUCUCCUGGAUUCACCUCAAGUUCAACCCGCCACCAAAUUUCAAUUGUCUCUGACUCCACCGGACUUUGCACAGUAUCGGGUCAACGAUUUAUUCAAAUCCCUUGGACCCAUCGCGAUCUUCUCGGCCAAGAGACAUUGGACAGCACCGCGUCUCGUCCAACUUCAUCGAGGAAGAACCGUAGAUGGAUUCGGGUUUUCUGUACGAGGCGAUGCGCCCGUCAUCAUAACAGCCGUCGAAUCUAAUUCGUUAAGCGAGUUUGGAGGUGUGAAAGAAGGAGAUUUCAUCGUAUCGAUUAGUGACGUGGACGUAAAGUGGGCUUCGCACGAUGAGGUCGUAGCGCUUAUAAAAAGCGCCGAAGACACGCUCAAUUUGAAGCUGGUGACACCGAUGGACCGAAACUAUCUGAAGCCGACGAAGAACGGCAAUAACAACAACAACAACAAGGGAUCAGUUUCGACGCACAGCAGCAGCUCCGGCGUAUCCAGCGGCUUGUCGAGUCCAUCCGGAUCUAUGGCACAACAUCACAGCAACAAUCACAAACGGCUCUCCUGGAAUCCAUUCAGGAGACAACAAACCUGCAGAGAGGGCAAGGACUACUUCGACAACGUCAUUCUGAGAUAAGAAAUAUUUGUAACACAUGUAAAAAAGAGAACCCUGAGAAGAGGAGGAAAUUUAUUUA